AACCCCUAAAUCGUUUAUUUGACGCCACAACUCUACGUCUUCCUUAUAUUGCGCAUUCCCUAAUUUGAGCGAGUGUUGUAAUGGAAUUCGUUUACAGACUUAACACUCAGGAUAAAAUUUAAAGAUAGAAAAAAAGGUUGGGAAAAAAAAAUGAAGAAAGAAAAACCUACAUUUUCAAUUUCCUAUUAACAUUUUUUUUAUUCAGCUCUAACAUCUUAAUUUCCUUAAAUCAAAAUCAAAACUCAGUUUGUUUUCAUGGUGUCUUCGAAAAAGAUUUAAAACGAAAACCAUUCUCUCCUUAUCACGCUCCCUAAAUAAUCAAAAAUGCUUCGCAGGCGCUUCAAGCCAGAAAAAUGCAAGAUAGCUUUAAAGCUAGCCAUACCGCGAAUAAAGGUAACGAGGAACAAGAGGGAAGCACAGUUUAAGCAGUUCAAGAGGGAAUUGGCUCAAUUACUGGAGUCAGGGCAGGAUCAAACUGCCCGAAUUCGGGUGGAGCAUGUGGUUAGGGAAGAAAAAACCAUGGUAGCAUAUAAUCUUCUUGAGAUAUAUUGUGAACUCAUUGUGGCACGUAUGCCGAGCAUUGAGUCUCAAAAGUGUGUAAAAGUACUUCCUUUAGUAUUUCAUAUUUUGAUUUUAUUGACUUUUAACUUGAGAUUUAUAUUGAAUUAUGCUAUGUUAUCCUCUUAUUUAAGGGUUGAGAAGGGGCUGCGGAUUGUUCUAGACUUUCUUGGAAACUGCCCAAUUGACUUGAAAGAAGCAAUUUCAAGUGUCAUUUUCGCAUCUGCAAGGUGUGAGGAGAUACCAGAACUCAAGGAUGUCACCAAACAUCUUACAACAAAAUACGGAAAAGAUUUUACUACUUCCGCUCUUGAACUGCAUCCUGAUUCUGGUGUUGGUCGAAUGUUGGUUGACAAGUUAUCUGUCAAAGCACCAGAUGGCCCAACCAAACUCAAAAUUUUGACUGCAAUUGCUGAGGAACACAACAUUAAGUGGGACCCUGAAUCAUUUGGAGCAAAAGAGUCAAAGGUUUAUGACAACUUGAUGGUAAGAGUAGAAUAG